AUGACUGAAGAGGAGAAGAAUGAAGCUGAGAGGAAGGCUGCCGAGUUGAAAAAGGCGAGUUUAGGGAGCAGCUACCGCAAAGUACUGCAAACGGGAGUCUUCAUGGAGAAGGUCUGCUCUUGUGACCGCUACAACGCCGCCCACGCCACCCACAAACAGAUGCAGAAGGAUGCUCAAAACCCCAAGUGGGACUAUGGCCCACCGCUCAUGACCUUGGUCCUGGAGAUGGUUGAAUGGGGCCAGAAUGAUGUCUUUCCGAGGGAAUUCUACAUAGAUGGGAAGGUAUUUUCCACUAGCGCUGCAGCUGUGCAGGCCUUCAAGGUGAUCUUGGAAUUGGACUUCCAAUUGUGCUUGAGGCAGUGUCCUGGACUGAUUCAAGUUGCCGCCAACCAUCCCUUCUUCAACAAAGAUGUCAUCUGCCUUGAGCUCAUCAAGCAGGCCCGUGAAUCAGAGGAUGAGAGCUUGUACGACACUGGCGACCCAUCCGCGACCCCCUCCCACAAUGACGUCAAGCGCCGAAACAAGAUGUGCCUCUCCGCUUUUGGCUUGAUGGCGGUCUUCUUCCUCUACGGUGCAGCUGGUUGGUGGCACGACCUCACAGACUUGCACAACUACAACAAGCAUGACGUCUGGGCGCUCGUCCACCUUGCCCAUGCCAAACACAAAUGGCUUUACAAGCAAGGCCACUUUAGAGAACAACACCAAGAAGAGACGCCGUGGUACUGCCAUGACAGCUUUGUCAGAUGGCUCCUAGUGGAAUGCGGCUUUGAGAGUAAGAUGCCUGAAGUUUAUAACUGGGGAUUUAUUCCGCAAUUCUUGUCUACCAAAGUUAGCAAAUGGCAACUCUCCCAAUUUGCCCUCCACAAUAUUUUGCAUGAAGUUUGCUGCACAGGACCGGCCAACUCUCCAGCACCCCCACCCUCUUCUGACAAGACGGAGGGACAUGCCGCAGACAAUUCCGCCACCCACAAUUAUCCCAAGAGCUCAAAGAUCCACUCCAACUCUACCUCUCCAAACCCAGUGAGCCGCCCAAAGACCAAGCACAAUAAGCCUCUGAAGCGUGGGCAGAAACUCAUUGCCGUGGUUGUUCCUGCUGAACAUCUUCACUCAACCAAGAAGACGUGGCCUAGCAGACCGGACCCCAAAGCAAAAGACGGCUGA